CUUAAAGGUCAUAAUUUCUCACGAAAACAAGUAAGAAUUUGACAGUUUGUCCCAUAUAUUGUUUACUUACUUCAGACAGUGUAUUCGAAUAAUAUCAAUAAGUCAAUGCAUGAAACUCAAUGAAGUACUGCAGAUGUCAGUUGACUAUUAAGCUUAUCUAUUAUCAUCUUAAUGAUAAUCAUUAUCAUUACUACUAUUCAUACUACUGUUAUUAAAACAGUAGUGAACGGGAACACAGAUGAAGGAUUAUACAGUGGCUUAGUAACAUAUGAAAAUCACACAUUAAAUACACAUUAUUUACUCAUUUUAUCUCUUUUUUGUCUUUUAAGUGCUCCAUUAUUCGUUCAAUUCUGUUGUUAUUUUGAUUGCUCUCCGGUUUUGUUUCUGUUCUCUUCAAUUCAAUUUUCUGCUGCCAGCCAUUCCACUCCCGGUUUAGGCUACAUACUACUUGUAUCUGUCAGCAUAAGUAAUAUCCACCACACCAUACUACUACUAGCAUAACUAAUAUUACCACUAGUA